UUGUUUUCCCUUGCUCAGGUCCACGUCUCCCCGAUCACCAUGGGAAAUAGGGUUUGAAAAUACAUUUGUGUGCUGCGUUUACAUCUUUCUCAUGACUUGCACGUCUUGAACAAGAGGGAGGAGCGAGCGCAGGCGGCAGAAGAGAGGAAAAAACCUGUAACCCUGUAAGCAGACUUUGCCUGCUCAUUCAGUGCAGUGUGCACCACUGCAAUGUUUCCAGUUGUGGGAUGUUAGGAUUUGCCUCUGGCUGUACUUAAGAGAGGGAGAGACUAGCCAGACCUAUUAGCUUGGAGCUGGAACACACACACACACACACACACACACACACACACACACACACACACACACACACACACACACACACACUUCUCCCUCACUUUCUGAUGCACACUCCCCCAUCUCUGCUGCAGUACGGUAACAGUGAGUGGAUUUAGCGUUAACUGUCUGACCGGAGUCAACCUUUUAGGACAAUGCAGCGCUAAAAACAUCACACUUAAAAAGGAGACCAAAAAGAGUGACAGAGGAUGGCCACCGCAGUGUUUCAGGUGUCUUCAUCUUGUGUUCCAGCAACAAACUACGAGCUGGCGCCCAGCAGCGACCUGCCUCUCAAGCAUGUAGAUACAAUGGGCUCCACAAAAUCGUCCAAAAGCAUUGAGUCACGACGCAGACCUUCCAGGAGUGUUAGCCUGCUGCAGUCCCUGGAAGACAGAUAUGAGCUGGACCUGAUUUACAUCACAGAGAGGAUCAUCUCCGUCUCCUUCCCCGGCAGCGUAGAAGAGCAGAGCUAUGCCUCGAACCUGCGUGAGGUCGCCUCCAUGCUGCGGUCCAAACAUGGUCACAACUACCUGCUCUUCAACCUGAGUGAGAAGCGUUAUGACAUAAGUCAACUUAACUCAAAGGUGUUGGACUUUGGCUGGCCUGACCAUCAUGCACCAGCUCUGGAUAAAAUCUGCAGCAUCUGCAAAGCCAUGGACACUUGGCUGAGUGCAGACAGCCACAAUGUGGUCGUGAUACACAAUAAGGGCAACAGAGGCAGAACUGGCGUGGUAGUGGCUGCCUACAUGCAUUACAGCAAUAUAUCUGCCAGUGCGGACCAAGCUCUGGACAGGUUCGCCAUGAAGCGCUUCUAUGAAGAUAAAGUGCUUCCUGUAGGUCAACCCUCUCAGAGAAGGUAUGUGGAGUACUUCAGUGGUUUGCUCAGUGGACACAUCAAGAUCAACAACAAGCCCUUGUUUCUUCACCAUGUCAUCAUGCACGGGAUUCCCAACUUUGAGUCGAAAGGAGGAUGUCGUCCUUUCCUCAAAAUAUACCAGGCCAUGCAGCCCGUCUACACAUCUGGAAUCUAUAAUGUUCAAGGAGACGGUCAGACAAGUAUUUGCAUCACCAUUGAACCCGGUCUGCUUCUGAAAGGGGACAUUCUGCUCAAGUGCUACCACAAACGUUAUUGUGGUCCGUGCCGAGAUGUGAUUUUCCGGGUGCAGUUUCACACGUGUGCUGUUCAUGACCUGGGAAUUAUCUUUGGAAAAGACGAACUAGAUGAGACGUUCAAAGAUGAGAGGUUUCCAGAAUAUGGGAAGGUGGAGUUUAUUUUUUCCUUUGGCCCAGAAAAAAUGCAUGGUCAAGGUAUGGAUCACCUAGAGAAUGGGCCGAGCGUCUCUGUGGAUUACAACACACAAGAUCCUCUGAUUCGUUGGGACUCUUAUGAGAACUUCAACCAGAAUUGUGAGGACACUUCCGAAGAAGUCAUCCAUACCCAAGGACCUCUGGAUGGGAGCCUCUAUGCCAAAGUCCGCAAAAAAGAGUUUGUUGAUGGGCGCGUGACAGCCAACGGGCUCCCACCCACUGCUAUUGAACAUUCCCUACCUGCAGUUGACCACGCCUUGUCAGUGAGCAGCGACUCUGGAAACUCAACAGCCUCCAUUAAAACGGACCGAACUGAUGAAAUGGCAUUACUCCCUCAGACCACUUUGGUGAACCAAACAAACAUUUCCACAGUUGAGGAGAUUCCCCAAGUGCUUCACCACAACCAGCAACCCAUCAGCCCUCAAGAAAAGCAGGAGCUGGAGCAGCUCCUAGGUGGAUUAGAGGGCCCCGUGCAUCGUCAGGGCUCUCUCUCCUCCCCAAACUCUGCUGUUGGAGGGAUACUUCACUUGGUCCCUGCCGAGGUCCAUGUGAAUGAUCAUAGUAAUGUUGACCGUGAAACAGACAUUUUAGAUGAUGAAAUGCCCACCAGUCAAGAGGGCAACAGUGUGGACAGUUUGGGAACAUUCUCCUCCACAGAUGGCCGAGCCACACCGGCAGAUCUUUACUACCAGUCUGAAUCUGUCAUCAGUUGCCAGGACCAUGUGCCAUACCUGGGGAGCAGUGUUCCAGAAAAGCCCCUGGAAACACUGGAACAGCAAAUUUGCAUAUCAGGCAAAAGUGCUACUCGAAGUGAUUCAGUCCCACCUUCUCCGAUGGGUCAUCUGAAUCUGUACCGCUCACAGUCAUUUGGUAUAGAAGCACAAUCUAUGCCACAAGCUCCCACCCGGACCACUAGUAGCAGGGAUGCCGUCCAACGUGGUCUCAAUAUUUGGCAGAGGUUUGGUGUACCUGAAGAGCCAGUCACAGAAGGACUCAUGUUUGGGCCACCAUCGUCUGUGACAAUGAUUCCCAUUCACCAGAGUCUUCCACAGUUCCCUCAGCACCACAGUGCCUCACAAGAGGAGAUUGAGAAAUCAAUAGAGACACUUAAUCUCCUCAUGUUGGACCUGGAACCUAUCCGUUCUGUGAUGCCAAAGUCCCAAAGUGCUCCUCUGAGAGAAACCAGUGUUGUGACCACACAGCCGUCCGUCUCUCAAAGUCAAACCAGUGCUUCCUAUGAGGUGGAUGCUGCUGUUCAUUCUCAUUCGUCCGGUCCAAUGUCUGGAAAGACCAGUCAUCAUUCACCAACUCAGGUGUCACCUGUGAAAGGAAGUAUUUCGGAGCCUGCACCUGUCCCUGACUUAAAAACAUUUGGAACCAUUCUUUCUUCUCAAGCUUCCCCGUCUACAACUACCGAGAUCCAGCUCAGGCCAAUCAACAUCUUCCCACCAGGCUCAUUGUCCCAGUCCACUGAGGCCUUUGAGCCUCAGACAAGCCUGAGUGCUGCGUCAUCAUCACCCGCUUUAAGGGAUUGUGAACCUGAUGAAGUAUUCAAUGUCGAAGGGCUGGUGGCUCAAAGAGUUGCUGAAUACUCAGCUCGCGCCCAAAGGGUCACCCCAGUGAUCUCUUCUCAGUCUGAGCACAGCCACUCUCACUCACUCCCGGGUGUCCAUUCCCGUGCGGCAUCUUUGGAUGAGCAGAUAAUCCUUCCCCGUCGUCGAAUCACAAGUGACAGCCAAUGCUUGAGCAGUGCAGAUGAUGAUCCCUCCCCUGAUGUCCCAGUUCGCUCCCCGAUCCGUUGCGUUUCUCCAGAGUUUGUCAACGCCAUAGCGAUGAACCCUGGUGGACGACCAAAGGAGAGACACAUGCACAGCUACCGGGAAGCGUUUGAGGAGAUGGAGGGUGGGCCAACGAGCCCGACCCCCACAGUCGGUGGUGAGGUGCUUCCCCGAACCCCUGCCUUCCCCAUCUCGCCGCAAACCCCUUACUUCAACCUGUGUCGGUCACCUCCAGGUCUUGCUAAGACUCCACUUUCGGCCCUGGGAUUAAAACCCCACAACCCAGCUGAACUUCACCUCAAUCAAACUGGCUCAGAACCCAGAAGUUACGUAGAGUCCGUCGCAAGGUCAGCUGUAGUAGGCGGGGAGCAGCCCUCGACACCCCCAAGCCUGAGUCCACAAGGGGAGAUUACAGGGAAACAGAAAAGUCCAGGUUCCGUCUCCCAUGCCCUGAACUCACCGCUGUCCAGUAGUAGACCCAUCCAGAACUCACAGGGGGAUGUGGCCUUGGCAGACACCAGCUUUAGCACUCCAUCCCAGCCCACUACUGAUUCAAGUUUCCACACUGAGGCAGAAGUGAGCGCAUACCCCACACCAACGCCCUGUUACCAGCCACCAACUUCUACCAAGUCUUCACAUCUGGAUUCCAUUCCUCCAACAUCGUCCUUCCUCGGGAUUACUAAUCCUGUUCUGUCUAAUUUUUAUCCUAACACCCAACCGAGGAGCCAUGUGGCCGCAGAUUCCAGUCUAUCCACUUGGGUAGAGCCCUCUAAGACCAUAGUCAGCCAGGGAGGUCCCCAAAUGCAGCAACGGAUAGAUAUCCUGAGCUCUACUGACAAUACUGUGUUCCAGAACAACUCAAGUGCUUAUCAGGAAGGGUCUAUAGGGGGUCAGCAAACAGCACCAGUAAAUGGCCGUUUUGAAACUGGUGUCCUGAGGUUUAAUGGCAGUCCGAUCCUUGGACGUCAUCAGUCUCAGGGAAGUCAGAUCAACCAAGUACUCAACAGACAGGACUCUAUGGGGCAAGAGUCUCAACGAAGCCCAGUCCUAAGCAGACAUCCGUCCCUGGGACAACCCAUGCCGAGCAGUCCUGUGCUAAGCAGGCAUCCAUCUAUUUCCCAAUCCCAUGGAAGUCCAGUGUUGGGGCGUCACCCUUCAAUGUCACAGAUGUCUCAAAGGAGUCCAAGUUUAGACCGACACCCCAUACACAGUGGCUAUACCACGCCCGAUGAGAGGCAUGGCAACCUGUCCAGACAGAGCAGUUCCUCUGGAUACCAGGGACCGCCCACACCGUCUUACCCUAUUUCACCUGCAGCCUACCAAGAGGGGGCGAUGACGGGGAUCAGUUUAGGGUUCCGACAGGGAAGUACAACCCCUGUUUUUCAGCCCCAGCUUCCGGAAAAGAGGCGCAUGUCAAGCGGGGACAGACCAAAUGGAUCAGUGUCGUACAGCUCAUUGAAUGGAAAAAUGUCAACAAUGAGUGGCGGAAGUACUCCCAACUAUUUUCACACCCUCUCUGACUUCUCAAGGUUUAACAUGCCUGAUGGCGGCGCCGAGAGCAGGCUGAAUGUUAAGUUUGUCCAAGAUACAUCAAAGGUCUGGUACAAGCCAGACAUAUCCAGAGAGCAAGCAAUCAGCAUGCUUCGAGAAAAGGAACCUGGUGCCUUUGUUAUCCGGGACAGCCACUCAUUCAAGGGGGCUUACGGCUUGGCUAUGAAAGUUGCCUCACCCCCACCCUCAGUGCAUCAAAGCAAGAAAGGUGAUACCACCAAUGAGCUGGUAAGGCAUUUCCUGAUUGAGAGCAGCCCAAAGGGCGUCAAACUGAAGGGUUGUCCCAAUGAGCCAUACUUUGGCUGUCUGUCUGCUUUGGUGUACCAACAUGCCAUCACACCACUGGCCCUGCCCUGCAAACUACUCAUUCCUGCAGCAGAUCUACUGGAGAAGGAGCCAGAAGUUGUAAAAACAAAUCCGCUGGCUGACCGACUGAAACAAGGAGCAGCAUGCAACGUACUCUACAUAAACUCGGUGGACAUGGAGUCUCUGACGGGCCCUCAGGCCAUUGCGAAGGCCUUAUCCGAGACACUGGCUGCUGCUUCUCUACCUACUGCCACCAUUGUGCACUUCAAGGUGUCUUCACAAGGCAUCACACUGACUGACAACCAGAGGAAGAUUUUCUUCCGACGCCACUACCCCUGCAACACUGUCACAUUCUGUGAUAUUGACCCUCAGGACAGAAAAUGGAACAAGUCAGAGGGAGGCACAGCCAAGCUGUUUGGUUUUGUGGCUCGUAAACAGGGAAGCACAACUGACAACGUGAGCCACCUCUUCGCCGAGAUGGAGCCCGACCAGCCUGCCAGCGCCAUCGUCAGUUUCGUCUGCAAGAUGAUCACGUCGCAAAAACGAUGAGCGCUUUCAAGAAACCCUGGCACUUUUUUCAAAUGCCUUUGGUUGCUUUCGCUCCUUUGAACCACACUCCCUUUCUCUCCGGACACUUUAGUUUCACCCUCUUCUGAGGGCUUCUGUGCGUGUCAGCGGAUAUUUGUGUCUGUGUGCAUGUGUGUGUGUGUGUGUGUGUGUGUGUGUGUGCAUCUUGCAUUGUACUUUUCUUUUUGGACGGACCUCCUGAGUGGAACCGAGGAAGUGCCGAAUGUGAUAUGGCUCUGUGACGUUGGGAAGGGACGCGCUUUAGAGCUCCCUGGCAGGGUAACGUUUGAACAGCAGAAGUCGUGUGAGUGCUUUGUUCAUUUUGUUGCGGUGUAUUCUGUGUACUGUCGAGAAGAAGUCAAGUCGUGUCAGCGAUAGCGGAUUGUAAGUCUUAGCAGGCUUUUGACUGUUCAACCAAAGAUUUUUUAAAAAGUAGUCGGGGCUUGUCAGAUGAAUAUGAUAUGGCUGCUUUGUUCAAAUGACUGAAUGAUUUCAUUCUACUGAUACUGUAGGUCAAUGACGCACCGCCGCUAUCUUGCAAAAAUAUCUUACAAGGGUCGUUUUUUUUUCACGUGUAUGUAAAUACUUUGACUUGUUUUAUGGGUUGGUCUGUUGAAGAAGACGUUUGGCGUCCGACUUUUCGUUUUUAGGGCCGAGCUUUUUUAAUAAUAAAAAAAAAAAGAAAAAAAUAGCGAAAACUGAACAUUUUGCGAGGCUCUCGCAAAUAUGCAAAACACGUAAUCAACAAAGGAUUACUCAAAUAUGAUGUUUUCUCCUCCAAAUCUGCACAAUAGUCACAUUAUUUUUGUCAUACAGUACAUAAGGGUCAGAUGUGCUUUAUAGAAACGCAUCAUGCCAUUCUUUUGUUCUGUUUUUUUCAUUUUAAAUGUGCCAGAACUAUAUACAUUCACCCCCUACACAAAGGUAAGCUAUAUAUAUUUUAUAUAUAUAAUACAUAUACAGAUAAAUAUAUGAUAAUAUGAUUGAGGAUAUUUAUUUUUGCUUUGUCGCUCUAUGCUAUCUUGUCCACAUGUAUACGUGCAACAAGAUGACUCAAGCAUGGAGAACAGAAUGCUUUUUAUAUCGCCUGAAGUCAAGUACUUUGACAUAUAUAGCGUGUAAAAGUGAGUGUACGUGUAUCACAGUUUACAGAUGUCUUGUUUUCUGCAGCAAAUCAUCCUGUUGGGGAAGUAUGGAAGUUGAAGUCCAAAUUGGCUUGUUUUUUUUGUUUUUUUUAAGAAAUAGCAACGCAGUUAUCGAUUGCCAAAGUCAAGCACUUAACUGUCAAAAUAGUAGCAAUGUGUAUUUUUUCAAUGAAAGGAUACUGCCAUUUGACGUCCUCGUGCAAGAUCAAAUCCAGUCUGGUCAGUGACUGCCCUCUUGUGGCAGAGCACAAUCAUUACAAAAGAACUAAAUUGAAUACAGUGUUUUAACUGUAACGAUGGCACGUCCAGUCCCAGAGUUUAUGUUUUUAUUUUUUAUUUUUUUUUGUUAAAUUCGUGUAUUGUGUCAUAUAAAGGGCAGAAAGAUUUGCUGUUAAAUCCAUGUUAGUUUUAAUAAGGCCUGCACUGAAUCAAAUUAGCUAUUGGAGUAAUGAAAAUAAAGAUUCCGCACUUAAAAGGCAUUUUGUAUAUGACCGUUUUCCAGUAUUUAUUAUGAGCAGACGCCCGCAUGCAAGAUAUCUGUAGGCGUUGAUCCCCAUUAUGUGUUUCCGUGGGACAAAGGUAACUUUUCUGUCUCAGUUUUGUGUCUUGACAAAAUGCAUGUGGAGAAAAGAGGACUUCAAAAAGAAUGUAAGCUGUUCCUUUGCUUCGAUGGAGUCCCCAUCAGUCCAUGUUGGACUGCAGAAAAUGUGUCACUGAGUUACUAUCCCUGUAUAGAGAGUGGUUGCUACAAUGUAUGGCUUUUACUAUUGCUGAAAAAAUAAAAUGUUCCAAUCAAG